GGUACUGGUGAGUCCGGGAAGUCAACAUUUAUUAAACAGAUGCGAAUCAUCCAUGGUGCCGGUUAUUCUGACGAGGAUAAAAGGGGCUUUAUCAAGCUUGUCUACCAAAACAUCUUCAUGGCCAUGCAGAGUAUGAUCAAGGCCAUGGAUCUCCUCAAGAUUUGUUAUGGAGAUUCAUCCAAUCAGGAAAAAGCAGAGUUGAUAAAGGGAAUUGAUUAUGAAACUGUCACCACAUUUGAAAGUCCUUACGUGGAAGCCAUUAAAGACCUCUGGUCAGAUGCCGGCAUUCAAGAAUGUUACGAUAGGCGCAGAGAGUACCAACUCACAGAUUCUGCAAAAUAUUACCUUAGUGACCUGGAGCGAAUUAAAGAUCCCGAGUACUUGCCCACCGAGCAGGAUAUCCUGAGGGCGAGGGCACCUACGACGGGCAUCAUAGAAUACCCAUUCGAUCUCGACUCCAUUAUCUUUAGGAUGGUAGACGUUGGAGGACAGAGAUCAGAAAGAAGAAAAUGGAUCCAUUGUUUCGAAAACGUUACUUCCAUCAUCUUUUUAGUAGCUUUAAGUGAAUACGACCAGAUUUUAUUUGAAUCUGAAAAUGAGAAUCGUAUGGAAGAGUCCAAGGCACUUUUCAAAACAAUUAUUACCUACCCGUGGUUCCAGCAUUCUUCUGUAAUAUUAUUCUUAAAUAAAAAAGAUUUAUUAGAAGAAAAAAUAAUGUAUUCACAUCUCGUUGACUACUUUCCUGAAUAUGAAGGUCCACAACGAGAUGCGAUUGCAGCUAGAGAGUUCAUCCUAAGAAUGUUUGUAGACCUCAAUCCAGACAGUGAAAAAAUCAUAUACUCACAUUUUACUUGUGCCACAGAUACGGAGAACAUCAAAUUCGUAUUCGCGGCAGUAAAAGACACAAUUUUGCAGUCGAAUCUUCGCGAGUACAACUUGGUCUAGUACUACAUAUUUUGGAGGUGUUUUAUCGCAGAAGGUGCCCCGUCGGCCUACUUCCAGCCAAUCAUGCAGCCGCCGGGACCAAUUUUUGAAAUCGUCGAAAUGUGAUCUGUCCGCCAUACCACCGCCGAUCAUAGUCAGUUCUGUUAUGAUGCAAAACUGAUAAAAAGUCCAUGGUGACUCUUUCGAAGAGUAUAUUUUUGUUACAGCAAAAAUUUUUGAUGUGCCGCGAUAUAAUCUUUUAUAGAAAUCACAUGGAACACAGUAACAGAACGGGCUGUUAUUUAGUCCACGGGUCUUUUCUAGAAAAGCUGAAGAAAACUCCAAAAAAAAUUAUACCGUGAAAAAUAUGUGUCCAACAGUGUGUGUAACACUUAGCAUAGUGCGCCAUUGGUGAAGAUCGAUGGAUUUUUUAAAACAGUGCAAACUGAAAACUGGACUUUUCAUAUUACUGGGUGUGAUAUUAGUUUUCAUUUUUUCAAUGAAUCAGCUGUAGAAAGUCGCGUUAUUUUUAAUAUCGCUACGAAUUAAAUUUUUAUUGUGUCAUGUAUUCGCAAUAAGUGUGCAUUACGUUUAAUUAUAUGAUAAGAAAGCAUUACUGUGGUGUUUACUUUAAAUUGUCGUAAUAACUAAAUCCAAUUUAAUAAUUUUAAUGUUGCUUGAGUACUGAAGUGUUGUGCGAAUGUGAACUAUUGUCACACCCAAAUAGUAUUGUUAUAUAUAAUAUAUUAAAUUAAUGUAGAGUAUAGGAAAUAAGGAAACUAAAAAAUUUUUGGUCCGGUACUUUUUUAAAAAAAAUGUUUUUUUAAAAAGGCCAAACAGAAAGAAUCAUUUUCUUUUGGCUAUCAAACUAGUCUGAAGCGUGGCGAGCGUAGUAGGUUAUACUGGAAAAAGGGUUUCUUGUACAAUUUUUUAUUAAUUUAUUCCGAAAUCUCAUGUUUUCCAAAACCUUUUCCUUAAAACCUACUACGCCGCUAAUCUCAAACAAUUUUUGACAUUUAUAUUGUAUCUUUAACGUUAAUCACCAUGUGUUAUGACAGAGAUUUCGUUGAAAAAUUGAAUUAAACUCCAGUUUAUUGGCGUGUUUUUUUCUAUAUUAAGUCUUGGGUAAAAUCACCGGGUUUCCACAUUAAAACAAAUUCGAAUUUGGUUUAAAGUGGCUUCCUGCUGAAUUCAUUUAUGUCAAAUUUAAACACAGCAAACUGGAGUACAAUGGCUACAAGGAGGAUUUCUGAAACAAGACUAAAGUUACCAAAUUGUGCAACUUGUAAUGUUAUGAAAUGUAUCCUGUAGACCUAUAAUGGGCCAAUGCCUUUAAACCCGCAAUCGUACUUUUUGGAAGUUAAUUUGUGCAAUCGUUUAGAACUUUAACAUCAAUAUACUGGGUCGGGAAUUUAAAUCCAUACUGUCUUAUCAUCUUUGACAGAAUAAUUGUACAAAUAAACCUAUUUAUAGGCGCAAACGUUGGCAGAAAAAAAAGUAUGACUAUAUUUUCUAAACAUCUCGCCCAGUACAUAAAGUUAAUGCUAAAGAAUUCGUACUAUUUAAAAUUUUUGAGUAUCCAUUGUAUAUAGUACAGUAUGUGUCAAAACUUAUUUGUUAAUUAGCUGUUUUAUGUUGUCUUUUUAUAAAGUGUGGUCCAAAAUUUUGCAACACUAAUAAAUUUUAUUUUGAUUUAAAAUCGAUGUAGCAUGCUCUAAACUUUCCUAUUUUGUAUUUCGUCCCCUGUAUAAGUGACGCUCCGAGACAUUUCAAUAAUAAAUAAGAUUUAAAUAACAUUACAGGUGGUCUGUUGUGAUUUUUUGAACCGCAUUGUAUACAUACUGCAUGUUCCAGCAGAACGAGAGAUGAUAGGAAAAAAUAAUGAAGAACUUUUAAAAAGUUCAUGUAGGUAUGUUUGGAAAAACGAUUUUUUUAAAUGACAGUUUGCUAACGAAUAGAAUCUUAUUUUUUUGAACUGAUUGAUACUGUAAGACAUUGAUUCUUCUGAACUUUGAUCACACUAUUUUAUAAAAUCAUUUUUAAAAGUAGAAUUCUCUGGAAUGUACAUAUAAUAGCCUCUAAUUUAGUGAAUUAUUGUCUGGCAGCGAUGCUGGAAGAUGCAGUGUUAAAAUUAUUGUCUAAAGUAAUUGGCCCGACUGUCUGAUAGGCCCUGCGCGGUUAUUUCUUGUCACUCUAAGAAUGGCAGGGGAUUCCCUGGACAGAGAAAGUAAGAAUGUGAUGCAAACUUUGCUUUCUUUGCGUAUUUGUUCAGUUAACAUACUAUACUAAUGGCAAUUUAAAAAAAAAUAUAUAGGAGCUUGGUUUUUUUGUGGGUCUGAGUUUAGCGAAUGUGUUGAUGCGAUUGGAGAUGAAUGUACGGGAUGUCCUGCAAUAGUUUAUGAAUUUGUAAAAUCAUUUCUUGUCAAAGUAUAGAUUUUUUUCUGA